UUUAACGUUGACUGGCAACCGGCGGAUCACCGUCUUGUUGAUCGUUGAAUUGGGGAGGUUGAGGGAGGGGGAAUGGAUACCUUCUUCUUGUCUCACGGAUCGCCCACGCUCUCCAUCGACGACAGCUUACCGGCGAGGCAUUUCUUUCUGUCGUGGCAGUCCAAGGUGCUGCCGGCGGUGCCCAGCGCCAUCCUCAUCGUCUCCGGGCACUGGGAGACAUCUUCCCCCACCGUUAACGUCAUCGAUGGGCUGAACGACACCAUCUACGACUUCUACAACUUCCCCAAACGGAUGUACGAGCUAAAGUACCCUGCACCAGGUGCUCCCGACCUGGCAAAGAGAGUGAAGGAGCUGCUUCAGAAUGCUGGUUUUGGUGGUGUGAAGGAAGACAAUUCCCGCGGACUCGACCAUGGUGCAUGGGUUCCACUGAUGCUGAUGUAUCCCAAUGCAGACAUUCCUGUGUGUCAACUUUCAGUUCAGACAGAAAUGGAUGCCACAUACCACUAUAACAUGGGGAAGGCAUUGGCUCCUCUGAGGGAUGAAGGUGUGCUUAUAGUUGGCUCUGGGAAUGCUACUCACAACUUGAGAAACAUCAGUAGGGGGCAUGGCCCUGUCGCAAAAUGGGCCUUGGAGUUUGAUACCUGGCUCGAGGAGGCGCUUCUUGACGGGAGAUAUGAUGAGGUGAACAAGUACAUGGAGAAGGCACCUAAUGCUAGAAUGGCACAUCCAUGGCCGGACCACUUUUAUCCAUUGCAUGUGGCACUAGGAGCUGCAGGGGAAAGAGCAAAGGCUGAAUUGAUUCAUCGUAGCUGGACAAAUUCUACUAUUUCAUAUGCCUCAUACAGGUUUAUUGCUUCAAAGUGAUCUGCAACAUUUAUAUUCAAUAAUGCAUAUAUGGCCCAUAAUGCAUCUUACACCCAUGUCAUGUUUCAGUUGUUGUAUGUUCUAGUUGCAAGUAGAUCUACUAUGUUCAGUUUACCCUCUGUGUGUUUUGUAUCUGUUGUUGGCUUCAGGUGUUGUAAUUUGUCUCUAAACAGUCAGUUGCUUAAAGUGUGUGAUUAUAAUGGUUCGUGGUAAGAUUCACUCUCAGAUCAUCUUUAAUAUAUGAAGAUUUAUCUUAAA